CUAGACAUUCAUAGUUGUUUAUCUACAAAGCUCCGCUUCGGACCCAGUCUGAGAACUGUACACAGAAAGGAGCGCCGGGAGGAAAUUUAUUCUAUUAUAGCAAAACUUCAUAACCAUAUCCUAAAGCUGUUAAUUCUCUAGGGGGAGCAUGGGCUCUUCCCAGUCUAACGAACGGCCAAGGCGCCAGGCUCCUCCGCCAGUUCCAACAACUGUACCGCCCACUUACACAACCCAAGUAUAUCCUCCUCCGCCUGUGUUCUUGACAGCGCCGGGGCAGUAUCCGCCACCACCAACAUCUCAGCAGCAGUAUUAUGGAGGCACCAUGCCGAUACCGCAGCCCUAUCGGCCGCCUAUGAUGCAGGUGCCCAUGUCGCAACCAGCCUUUGCCCCACAUCAAUACGGGCAGCCGCCCCGUCCGGUGCCGACCCAGGAGUGUCAGACAGCUACCAUCCGCAACCAGGUUAACCUGAAGAAGCAGACCCUGGCGCUGGAAGCCACGUCGCAGCCGGGCAUCUACGCCAUCACCUUCCAAUUUGACGCGUCGGCUCCGUGCCGGGUUACGACCUUCGUAUGUGCGCAUGAGGACUCCAGGAGGGCCUGCAAGAUUACAUCCCCUCUCCCACCUGCACCUGCUGUCUCAUAUCCCCAGGGGCUCAACCACAAGUUCCCGAGCGCGCCCUCGGGAUUGGCCAGCGGCCACGUCGUAAACACUAUCUCAGGCCGCAUCUCCGCGCGUGACCUCACCAGCGCGUCAAACGACACUUUCCCGGUUAUCAUACGGCUGGAGGCACUGGGCGAGGAGGCCGCUGCGGAGGGACGCUCGUUGGGAUCCCUGGAGUUGGGCUGUGAGCUGCCGCACUGGGUCCAAUCCCAGACGACCUACGCGAAGCUCGUGAAGGAAGACGACGGCUCAUGGGGCUUGCGCGUGAUUAAGCAGAAGAUCUGGGUCAAGGGCACCCCUUAUGAACUGCAGGAGAUUUAUGGCAUGGAGCAGAACAAGGCGGGGGGCAACGCUGCUGCCGGGGAUGGCUAUGACGACCUUGAUGGCAAUGACUGCGCCAGCGCGCUCAAGGCGCAAACCAACAAGUGUCCCAUCUGCCGCAAUGAGAUUGAGUCGUUGCUGCACAUCAAGAUCAACAAGUCGGCGGCGACGGCGGCAGCAGCAGCGGGGCAGGGUGCCGCGGCGGCGAGUAGUGGAGCCUCUGCAUGAGGUCUGGAAGUCUUGAGGACUUGGGGCGUAAGAAGGGGAGAGAUGUUUGGGAGAGGGCUGUUGUCGGUUAUCUCGUUGGCUGGAAUUCAUCAGAGGGGGGCUGCAUGGGUCGUCAUCGCUUGCAGGGCUUGGAUCGAGCUCUUAUUGCACGCUGGUGCCUAGUUGGACUGGGCUGUAGUGAGGGGAGAGAUUUUCAGGAGGAGGAGGUUGACCGUAGAUGUUUUCUGGGGCCCAUAAGAAUGGGCCAGGGAAUUUUGGCUGGUUCACCCUUAGUUAAUUUGGAGACAUGGAUGCCAAGAGUAAGCUUGACGUAUUGUCUUUGCGUGUUAUAGGGGCCGGAGCUGCAGGCUGAAGGAUGAGGGAGAUGGGAUUUAUCGUGGUUAUCGGUCGGUAAGUUGUUGUUUGGAAGAGGUAGGAGGAACGGGGGGUGGUGAUGGGCUGGCAGGGAGGAUGGAUUGUCCUGGUUGCCGGGUGGUCUGCGAUAGUGGGGCGAGGGUUUUGCUCUGGGGCCGUGAAGUAGUUCUAGGAGUGGAGUGAAGGAUUGAUGAGGCUGCGCAGAUCACGCGGCUUGUGCUACUAUUGCCCUGGCGGUUGGAUACGUCUGGUGCUCUUGUACACUGGCAAGUUAUAAAGGUGCUUUUGUGUCUGUUUUGCAUGAGCAGGAAGGUGCCUGAUAAUCACAACACAUACAGACGUAGAUGGAGUGAAGCGUGCGGGAAAUCCUAAUUCAGCAGCAGGAAAUAGGUAAGCUAAUAGAGCCGUUUUCAAGCAUGUCAUGGG